AUGUACCUCUUCCUUAGGUAUGAUGAUACAUCCAAGAAGCUCAACACAUGCGAAGAGAAUCUUCAACUUGCCGAGACGAAACUUUGUCACAGUGAGAAAAUCUUGGAGAAAACAAUUCGAGAUAAACGAAAGAUGGAAGGUGACGUUGACGUGUUGGAAAAGGAAAAUUAUGCGCUGAAAGAAGCUGUUGAGACGUCAAAGUGUAGUCUGGAGGAAGAAAUAUUGCUCAGAGUUGACAUUGAACAUCAACUCCAGUCGACAAAAGAAGAGAUGAAUUUUAAACAGCAAAUGUUUAACAAGGUAGAAUUUUUGGACAGCAUUCACUCCGAAACUUUUUUCUCAAUUCUAAAAAACUAUACAUUAUAAUUAAUUUGUACUAUUUCCAGGAUCUCCCCUCCUGA